UUUUUGGGUGUCUGGUUUCAGGACGCCGCCCUCGGAGCUGGCGUGGGAGGGGCCCCGGUUGGCCGCGGAGCUUCCGUGAGUAUCGGCAGCGGCCUGUCGGCUUUAUUGCCGGGGUGAGCGUCGUCGGGACAGCAUGCAGAGCGUGAGUUCUCCAGGAGGCCGCGGCCUCAGCGAGGACCAGUUCACCUGCUCCAUCUGCCUGGAAGUGUUUGUGGAGCCUGUGUCCACGCCAUGCGGCCACAGCUUCUGCAAAGCCUGCCUGCAGGGCUACUGGAACCACAGCAAGAAGUUCCUGUGCCCCAUGUGCAAGAAGAGCUACAGCAGGAAGCCUGAGAUGAGCGUCAACAGGGUCCUGGCGGAGAUCUCAUCUCAGUUCCAGGGGAUGGCGUUGGCUGGCGGGGCCGAAUCGCCCGGGGCGUCCACGCGAGCCUCGGCGCUCAAUCUGAGUUCCGAGACGGGAUCGGCGAGCUAUGACACCGGCGAGUUUGCGCGGGUCGGAGACAUUCCCUGCGACGCUUGUAUCGGGAGGAAGAUGAAGGCACACAAGUCGUGCGUCAACUGUCCCGGGUCCUUCUGCGAAACCCAUUUGAGACAUCAUAAAAAGGUAAAGACUCUGACGUCCCAUCGACUGAUUGAGCCCACCUUCAACCUGGAGGACAAGAUCUGUAGAAAGCACACACGUCUUCUGGAGCUUUACUGCCGCACCGAUCACAUCUGCAUCUGCUCUGCCUGCGUGGAGACUGCUCACAAAUCCCACGAUGUGGUCUCCGCAGACCACGAGUGGAAGAAGAAGUUGAGCAGCCUGGGGAAAAAACGCUCCGAGCUGAAGCACCUGAUUAAAGAGCGUGCCAAAAAGCUGGAGGAAGUCAAGCAAUCCAUUAAGGUCAUCAAGACCAGCGCCCAGAAGGAGCUGAAGGAGAGCUGGCAGGUUUUUGCCGAACUGCAGCGCCUAGUGGAGCAAAGUCAGGCCGAGCUAGUGGAGCUCAUCGCCACGAGGCAGCGCGAGGCCGAGCGCCACGCGCAGGAGCUGGCGCGAGGCCUGGAGAACGAACUUAGUCAGCUGAGGAGGCGGAGUCAUGAUUUGGAUACCCAGGCCCAGAACAAGGACAAAGUGGUCUUCUUGCAGCACAUGGCCACCCUGCCACCACUUCCCGAGCUCACCGACUGGUCCGCCGUGAGCAUCAACACGGACCUCUACCUGGGGACCAUCCGUUCAUCGGUCAGCGGCCUCGUUGACAAGUUUCAAGAAGAGCUUAAGAGGCUUUACGGCAAAGAGCUCCGCAAGGUGCAGAACUACGCGAGUGAGGUCAUCCUGGACCCAGCCACCGCCCAGAAGAACCUGGUGCUGUCGGACGACGGCCGCCAGGUGAGGUACGAGGAACGCAAGACGGCUCACUCCGACGGCCCCAAACGAUUCAGCCUGGCCCUCUUCGUCCUGGGCCGGGAGGCUCUGAGCUCGGGACGUCACUACUGGGAGGUGGACGUGGCCCGUAAGACCUCCUGGACUUUGGGCGUGGCCAACGCCUCGGCCCGACGCAAAGGCGAAAUCACGUUGAGUCCCGCCGGCGGCUAUUGGUGCUUGUGGCUGAAGAACGGCCAAGUGAAAGCGCUGGCCACCUCCCGCCUUCCUCUCACGCUGCCGUCCCUGCCCGCUAAAGUGGGAAUUUUCCUGGAUUACGAAGGCGGCCAAAUCUCUUUCUAUGACCCCAAGGCCCGCCUGCACCUCUACACCUUCGCUCACAACUUUACUGAAAAUGUGUACCCCAUCUUCAGUCCCUGCCUCAGCCAGGAGGGCAAGAACACGGCCCCUCUCGCCAUCACACCUGUCAAACAUACCUGACAUAAAGAUGUUUGCCUCACACAAAAUUCAUUCAAUAUGGACGACAUGGCGCUGUUUUGGCCUCAGAUGGACUUUGGAGUUUAAAGUUCACAGUCUCCGCGCAGAGGUGUUAAACUUUGGCCCGCAGCACAAUUAGAUUUGGCCUAAAUUGCGGGUCGACUUUAUGCUAAAAUUGUGUUCACUUUUAACGAAUAAAUGUUUCUAUCAAUUAUUAAUAGAAAAAGUUGA